AUGACAAGGCCGCGUGUGGAAGCGGAGCGAACUCUUCGCUUGGUGUCCCUUGAGGGGGAGACCUUCGACACGGAUCUCCUCGCUGCCACGACUUCGGGCUACAUCAAAGAGUGUCUGCAGGAGAAUGGCGACAUGCCGGAGGAGGAGCAGGCGGAGCAGCAGACAGCUGUAAUUUCGUUGCCCUUUGUGCGGUCUCCCAUUUUGAGCAAAAUACUGACCUGGGCCCAGCACCACAAGGCGGAGCCAGAGGCGGCUCUGCAGCAGGAAUUGUCGGCAUGGGAUGCCGAGUUUCUCAAUAUUGACGGGACGACACUCUUGGAGCUGGCGAUGAUGGCCUACUUUCUGGACAUCAAGGGACUGCUGGAGCUGACUGCCGCGGCCGUGGCCAAAGGAAUUAUGAUGGAACAUUAAGACAAGGCAUUAAAUCCAACACUUAAUACCACAGCAAGGAGCUAGCUGAUAAGUCAGCGG